GCAAAUGACGACCCGAAACAGAUCUGACCAGCAAAGUGAAAUGCUGAAGAGUGGGAAGUGGACACAGGAAAAUCGGAAGGAGAAGAGGAAGCGGAAGAGCUGAGGCAGUCACUGGACCUAGCGUAAUGUGAAAGAAGCGAGAGCAACGUGGAGGGAGCAGGAGCAGUGCCACCGCAUUGAAAUCCGCGACGACGAGACAGCAAGAGCAUCGAUGAAUGCUUACAGCAAGAGCAUUGAAAAAUGCUUACCGACUCGAAUCUAUCUCGGGACUCAACCUGUGGAGUGUACACAGGUAUAUCCUCGCAGCCAAUCUGCUUUCUGGGCAACUGUCAGUGCUCCACAAACCCAGACCGUCUUACGACUUCCUUGCUUCCUAAGACCCCACUUGUUGACUACAACGAACUGUUGGGGCUGUCGGUACCAACUGUACUUCCACUUCGUCUUCCACUCAUGUUGUGCACCUCGCCUAUCAUGUGCUCAGGCCCAAGUCCAUGCAUAGGUACGCACCUUCGGCCGGGGAAGUGGAGGUACUGUGGCACAGCAUAUGCACAUCACCCGAGCAGUUCCACUUUCGUGGAGCGAUGUCGGGCCACGGCGUUCGACUGCUGGCAGCUCUCGAACGAGUCUUUGCAUGUCAUACAACUCGCGCUGCCACUUGCACCCAUCUUCGCAGAGGUGCGGCUGGAGUACCGGCCUUGAGUGGCUGACUACGGCAUGGCGGCCGACCGGACGGUAAGAUGGCACGAUGCUACCGGAUUGGGUACGUGACUGCUGAUCAGG